AAAAUAUCUAAUUUUCUAUAAUAAAAAUCCGUCAUAAGUAGAUUUUUAACAUAAUUUUAAUCUCCUCAUAGUAAAAUAUGCCAUGGGCUAACAAACAGUCACAUGGUGAAAGCAGUGAUGACUUAUACACAUGAUCCUUAGAGCCAGUAAUGGUGAUGAACAGAGUUGGUGAGCUUGCUGUCUAGCACAGCAUGUUCUGUGUCUAGCACAGCAUGUUUUGCCUCUGUGAAUAUGUGCACAAAUGAACAUGUAUAUAUACAUUUCCUUUCCCAUUUUUGUUGACUUGUAUUAACUAUAGUAUCCAUACAGGGAUGAUGAUAUGCUAACGCUGUGUCUAUAAUAAUAUGACAUGGUGCAUAUAUUUCAUCAUGCAACAUAGUAUUUGGUUUAUUCAUGCAGUACCCUAUUGAUGAAUGUUUGUACUUUUACCAUGCUUUUACCUUAAAAAUGUAAUAGUUCAAGAAACUAUUUAAAUGCUCUGAAAUAGUCUGUAUCUUUUAGAAACAAAAAUUCAUUCUUCUUACCACAUUUUAGAUAAUUUAAUAUGGAAUUGGAUGUCACUUUAGCUCUCUGUUCUAUUUUUAGGAUAUCUAACCUCUGAUCCUGUUUUUCAAAAUGUCUUUUAUAACCUGCUUAUACUCAGUAGAUACCCCUAAGAAGCAAGGUAGUCUGUUUGCUGAAAAAAAAAAAAAUUCAGAAUUUUUUAGCCUAUUAACUGUUAAAUUCUUUGGCAUGGUUAUGAGGUGAGUAGUUUAGUACCUAAUCUCUUCACUAACUGAUUCUUGCCUAUAUUGACUUAGAUUGCCUUCUUCCCUUAAUAUUAAGCUUUUUGUACCCAUGGAAAUUUCAGUUUUUCUUUCUUACCUUCCUUCAUUUAUUUUCUGUUUCUUUUUCUUUUCCCAUCUGCUGAGCACAUUCUUUUAAUUUUGUAUUUUUUACAUCCUCCUAAUUGUUAGGCAUACUACCAGGUAUUGAAGUUAUUGUCUUUGGAGCAGGUAGACUACCCUCUUCCAGGUCCUCAGUGGUGGGACAAAUGAUGAAAAAAGGAAAAAGCCAAGUUUGACUUCAGUAAUUCCUUUGAGUUAUCUUUCAACUUAGUGUACCAAGAAGCAGCAAACUGAGGCUGGGUUAGUGAUGUAUGUCAGUUUGCUUUCAUUUCUUUUAUUGUGCACUAUAAACAUGGUACCUCAUGAGCAUAUUCAGUCUCCUCUAGAGGAAAGCUGAAUACUUACCCAUCCUAUUGGAUAGCUGAAAUUGAAAAAGGAAUGUUAGGCUUGUUAGGCCUGAGUGCUAGUUAAAUAUGAUUCUCUAAAACUAUUUUCUAAAAUGUUCACUAAAUUUGCUUGGGAUCUAAUGUUAAAACAUAGCAUUUCCAUUUCUUUCAUCUUAUUAGUGAAUAUUAUUUGAUAUGUGCAAAUAGUGUUCUAAAACUGAUGUUUUGGCUGAUUUUUAGCUCUCAGCAUGAUAUCUGUGAAAAUAGAGUUGAGAUGUACACAUUUAGCAUUUGUGAGCUUUCAUGAGUAGGCUCCAUAAUAUCACAUAUAUAUCUUAUAAAGCAUAGUAAUAAAGAACCAUAGACUUCCCAUUCAGCUUACUUGGAACAAUACCAAUAUUGUGACCUCUGUUUCAUUUUGUCUUUGAUGAAAUAAAAUUUAAAAGCUUUUAAUAGUGCUUAAUAUAUGACAGUAACUGUUCUCCAUAUUUUACUAAAUCUUUUUUUUUGCUUGUAUUGUCUCUGAAACAACAUUAUCAUCAUUAUUUUCCAAAUAAAAUUGCAUACAAAGAGCUUAAAGGCCCCCCACCUAUGAAGUGGUAGAUCUAAAUCUAAUCCCUGGAUUCUGACUCCAGAAUUUGUGUUUAUAACAACUAUAUAUACUGUCUUUGUUAAUGAUGUUUUAAUUUAUUAGUAUAUUUUCUUAUAUUCUUUUGACAAAAGGCUUAGAUUUGACUGAAAGGCUAGCAUAUAUGUAGAAUAAUAUUAAGCAUGCUGUCACUGAUUAUAUUCCAAUUUAAUGGAUUUCAAUUUAUCAGUAAAUGUCUUUGAGAAAUUCUAUUUCAGACAUAGUUUGCUUGUAGUCCUGUUUUUGUUUUUAUAUACUUUGCUCUUUUUUGUAUGUGUUUGUGGAAUUGACAGUUGAUUUUUUUGAGAGUACAUUUUCUGCUGUUUAGAAUUUUUCAUUCUCUCUGACCUAUUUCAACAGCAAGUGGCCAUUCAGAAAAUGGUUAUUUCACAUGAGUGAGUAGAAACAAAAAGAUAGGGUGUUUGGCAUAUAUUUGGUGAUUUUUCUAGAUACACACAAAGCCUGUGGAUCAAAGAUUACCGGAAACUAGAAAAGAUAAAAUAUGAAUAAAAGUUUGAUGAAAUGGAAAUAAAUGCUGUCUUGGUAAAGUUUAAGAAUGAGGAGUUAGCAACCACUUUUGACUGUAAAAGAGUAUUCAAACAGUAAAAGAAAAGAUUUUUGUGUAUUUUAAAAAUUUAACCUUAUUUGUUUAUUUUUGCUUUAGUAGAAGGUACUAUUUCCAUCAUGAAUUAGUAGAGAAAUAUUUUUCACAUCAGUAAAAAUUUAAAACUGGUAGUCAUGAAAGUGUUUGAGAAAAACCAGGUAAAAAGGUAAACUGAGAUAUAAUAAAAUUUUUAAAAGUUUAUUUGAGGAAACAGUGAUUUAUAAAUUGGGCAGCUCCAAACUAGGAGUGUUUCAGUGAUUCUGCAGAGGAAGUGCCAGGAGAAGGCUUUUAUAGAAUGAACAUGGAAGUAAAGCAAUGAAAAUAUUUGAUUCAUUACAUUUAUAUGGUUGCCUCCAUCAUUCUAUAACUGUAAGUUGGCUGCUUCUGAUUGGUUGGCCUUAGUUGUUUUUUUUUUUUUUUUUAAUGUGGCAUUUACAAGAAGUAGCCCAAGUAUUUCAUUUAUAUUUGCAAAUCAAAGGAAGGUCACUUAGGAGAUCUAACUGAUUACUUUGUUCAGGGAUUCUUCAGGCCUUCUCUCCAUUUUUAUUUACUUUAAUACAUGACAGGGAAAACAUAACUGGUUGAAGUUUGGAGUUUUUCUGCUUAUAUAUGGAAUUUAUAUGGACAUUCCACAUAGAUAGGAAUCUGUUCCUUUUGAAAAUCUGCUAAGUGGUAUCUCAAAAUUCAUCAGCAACACAUUUCUGAUUUAGCUGUCACAAGCUGAUAAUUAAGUUGAAGUAGAUGUGACACAGAGAACUCGGAUAUAAAUCCUGUCAUUUAAGUAGCUGUGUGCAAAUUAAUCUUUCAAUUUUGUUUUAAAAAUAGAAAUAACUGGUAUCUUUAAUACAGUGCUGUGGUGGAGACUAAAUGACAGGAUUUGGAACUUUAUGAGUAUUUGGUAUUUUUUCUUCAUAAUGUCAGGAAAAGUUUAUAGUCAGGCAGUGAGAGAGUUGGAAAGGUCUUUAGCAAUCUCAUUCUAUCCUCUCAUUAUGUAGGCUGUAUUCUAUGGCAGUAUUCAUUGAGUGAAUUUGAAGUCAGAAAUAUAAUUUUAUAAGUAUUGCUUGUUCUUUCAGUCAUUGUUUUCUUUUACGUACUUUUAAAAAUCAAAUAAGAGAUUUUCUAACCUUUAUUCCUCUCUUUUUUUUUUCAGUUAAACCAGUAUUUAUAAAGCAGUAUGUGAUACAUUAUACAAGGCACUUGAACCUUUUUAGUAGAUGGUUUCAUUUUCUGCCUCUAGGAAAAAAAAGUGAAUUCCUGACUCAAGUCUGAAUAUCUGUCCCAACCUUCUUAAUGUACCUUCCCACAAUGCAAAGUCUGGAUAGCAGAAAAACAUUUCCUAGGUCCAUUACAAUGAGGAUUUUGAUAUACUUUAUAUUCAUUCCACCAACCAAUUACUCUUAUAUCAGACUUGGAAUCAAGGAAUUAUUAUCCAGCCUGCCUAGUAGACAUACUAGAUGAGUAGAAAAUUGAGUGAUUUAAACUAAGUUGCCAACAAGGGUUUGUCCUUGAUUCAUGUGCUUUGCAGCACUCUUCAAGUUCUUUUCACAUCUUCUGUAAAGACUCCAUUUAAUUAGAAAAAAAAUGAAGCAGUUAAAAAGAAAAAGGAAAAGCAAUUUUAGUGUUCAAGAAACUCAGACCCUUUUGAAAGAAAUUACCAAAAGGAAAGAAGUCAUCUUUUCCAAGCAGCUCAAUACAACAAUAAACGUGAUGAAGCGAAUGGCUUGGGAGGAGAUAGCACAGUGUGUGAAUGCUGUAGGAGAAGGAGAACAGAGGACAGGGACAGAAGUGAAAAGAAGAUACCUUGACUGGCGAGCACUUAUGAAGAGAAAGAGGAUGAAAGCGAAUAUUAAGCUGGUUGGAUCGGGGUUUCCACUUCCCACAUCUGAUUUAGAUGACUCUCUUACUGAAGAGAUAGAUGAAAAGAUUGGAUUCCGAAAUGAUCCAAAUUUUGAUUGGCAAAAUGUGGCAGAUUUCAGGGAUGCAGGUGGAUCCUUAACUGAGGUCAAAGUGGAAGAAGAAGAAAGGGACCCCCAAAGUCCUGAAUUUGAGAUUGAGGAGGAGGAGGAAAUGCUGUCAUCUGUCAUACCAGAUUCCAGGAGGGAAAAUGAACUUCCUGACUUCCCCCACAUUGAUGAGUUUUUCACCCUUAACUCAACACCAUCCAGGUCUGCAUAUGAUGAGCCCCACUUGCUUGUAAACAUAGAGAAACAGAAACUAGAGUUGGAAAAGCGGCGACUAGAUAUUGAGGCGGAAAGGCUGCAGGUGGAAAAGGAACGCCUACAGAUAGAGAAGGAGAGGUUGCGCCAUUUAGACAUGGAGCAUGAGCGGCUGCAGCUAGAGAAGGAACGGCUGCAGAUUGAGAGAGAGAAAUUGAGGUUACAGAUAGUCAAUUCUGAGAAACCAUCUCUGGAAAAUGAACUUGGCCAAGGAGAAAAGUCCAUGCUUCAGCCACAGGACAUAGAAACAGAGAAGUUAAAACUUGAGCGAGAACGCUUGCAACUGGAAAAAGAUAGGCUGCAGUUUUUGAAGUUUGAAUCUGAGAAGCUACAGAUUGAAAAGGAACGCCUACAAGUAGAGAAAGAGAGACUUAGAAUUCAGAAGGAAGGACACUUGCAGUGAUUUCUUUAGGUGGCCAUUUAGUGACUGUUAAUAGAUUAGGUUUUUCUCAUAGCAGGUAAUAUAAAGGUGAUUUCUGGAUUAGCUUUUUUUUUUUAAUUACCUAAUGCCAGUGUUUUCAGUAGGAAAAAGAUAGAUAUGUGUGGGUGAUUAUAUGCUUGAAUAGUAUAUUAUAUAAAAAUCUCUGUGCCCUAGUAUAAACACAAAAGCAGAAAUUAUUGUGCUAGACUCUUCACAUUAGUAAUAUUAUGUAGAGUCUUGUAUUAUCUGUGCACUCAGAGUUUACAAUUAUGUCUGUUAAAUUCUAACCCAGUGGUUCUAAACUAGGGCUGAUUUUGGCCCCCAAAAGACAUUUGACAAUGUCUGGAGACAUUUUUGUCAAAACCGGUAUCGGAUGGCAAGUUGCUACACCGGCUAAUAUGUAAAGCCCAGGGAUCCUGCUGAACAUCUAUAAUGCAUAAGAUGCACAGUUAAGAAUUUGUAAACCCAAAAUGUCAUUCAUGCCAGGUUUAAAAAACCAUAUCCUAGCCCAACUAAGCCCCUUAGUAAUGUUUUAGAAUAUUAAAAACCUCAAAUUAUGUAGGUAGAUACUUAAAUUGCCAAAAACUUUGAACUAUGAAACAUGACUGUAGUAUAUUGAAUAUAGGAAGUGAUGAAGAUUAUAGGUAUUUUAUCUCCAUGUUUUCAUCUAUAAUAGUCUGAUAUUCAGAAAACGACAGGGAACUCAGAGAUUGUCUAAAAUUGGCCACUUUGAAACAAAGUUCAUUCGUCUAUUGAUGCUUUAGAAGCAACAUACAACUUGAAAACUUUGGUUCCCUUUCCUCUUUGAAUCUGUUGUCUCAGUUUGAAUAUAAAAAUUGUCAUUUUAAUCAUGUACUGAAAUGUUAUGUAAGAGAAUGAUAGAAGCUAGUAAUAAUGUUACCAGUGUAAAAGUGGUACCAAACAAUCUGUGAGCUUGGACCCAGAACAUGGUUGCUUGACUUAAAAUAAAGACUGGGAGUAGGAAGUGGGAAGAAUUUCAUGUGUAUCAAAUAAUGAUGAUGAUGUUAAAAUAAUGAAAUAAUGAUAAUAGCUGAGUGUUAUUGGUGGGGAAAGCACUAACACAAAAUUUGACCUAACCUGUACAACGUUCGUGAGUAUAGUGCUGUUAUUCCUGAAUCUGAGGCUCAUAGAAGUCACAGUGAGUAAAUGACUGUUUUUUGUUUCUUUCCAUUGUAGUAUGUUUUGUCUUUGCCCCUCUGCGAGAAGCAAAGUUUGUACCCUCAGUCUCUUUGCUGCUCUGAGGCCAAGAGCUUACUUAACCUGGUAAUUUGCCUUCAGUUUCCUGAAGGUGCUUUUUCCACAGUCAGGAUGAGGCUGAUACACACUGAAGUUGAAAAUGGCUGCACAAGUUCACUUUGUGUUUUCUGAUUUCCAGGGCUGAUAUGUAGCUUUAAUACAUACUCUUCUAUUGGCAUACUACCUUGAUUCUGUGUUUGUUUCUUAUUAAGAACAGCUUGAAAUCAUGUUGACAUUGAGUAUGGGUAUGCAAGAGAAAAAUAUACUUCUGCUUACUUACCCUGAUUUGAAAUAGUGUUAUUUUUCUAUAACUAUAAUAAAUGCUUCUACCGUAGAAAUAAAUUUGCCUAUUCUAUUUGUC